GCAGAGAGUGGAUAAGGAUUGGGAUCGAGGUGGGGAUUAGGGUUUAGGGUAGAAAAUUGUUGAGAACUGUGACGGAGGCUGAGAUUAGGAUGGAGGUGGAGAUUAGGUCAGGGUGAAGGGGGGGUGAAUGAAUUUGGAAUUACCUUCACACCAGUGCUCUGUCGUCAGCCAUGAACUACGUAUUGCAAGCUCCGGCUGGCUCGAGUAACAACGACAGAGCUCGACUUCCGGUACAUUCCUCGUCAAGCAGUGGGUACCACACCACCCAACAUGAUAAUAUUGAGUUGCAGGAGAGUGGUCCCGACCACGAUCAACAGCCUCUUGUAGCUCCAGAGGGAGUGGGAGGAGAAGAAAGAAAAGGAGUGGGUGUGUUGUCUCGUCAUCUCUGGGGAUUGCCGAUAGCGUGGGUUUGCCUCAUUGGUCUGGUCAUUCUGGCCCAAGUUGUAUUGUGCGCGUUUGCCGUUAGGGCAUGGUCCUGGCCUGCCAAGGCACAGCCACCAACUCCUGGGACUCCAGGGCAGGAACUUGUCUCUGAAAACCCUGCUCUAGGUGGCAUACAGUCAUGUUUGACUAUCUUGCAGCAGAGCGGUGGCAAAUUCUCAGCUGGGAAGGAGAUGGAAGGAUUGCAUCUGACCUCUAAGGAUGCAGGCGUGCUGACCUGUCACCACUACCCAGGAUUCCAUUUUCGCCCUCGUGGCAAGUGGAUGAAUGACCCGAAUGGCCCCAUGUUUUAUAAGGGUAUGUAUCACCUCUUUUUCCAGUAUAACCCCUAUGCCCCUGUGUGGGGGAAUAUUCAAUGGGGUCAUGCCAUCUCUCCCAAUUUGGUGGACUGGCUAGAGCUUCAGAUAGCACUUUCGCCGGAUCAGUGGUAUGACCGGAAAGGCGUGUUCUCAGGCUCGGCGACGAUUCUAGAUGACGGCCGACCAGCGAUUCUGUACACAGGGGUUACCGGAAACGACGGAGAGGUGCAAAACUUGGCAGAACCUGCGGAUCUGCUUGAUCCUUACCUUCGGGAAUGGACAAAAAGUGCGCAGAAUCCAAUUAUGAAUGUGCCUAAUGAGGUGAACCCGAAAGAAUUCAGGGACCCGUCAACGGCGUGGAAAGGAGGAGACGGCAAAUGGCGAGUGUUGAUUGGUGGAGCGGACGCUUCAGUGUCCGAUGGUAGUGCCCUGGUAUUUGAGAGUGCGGACUUCCAGCGCUGGCAAGGCGGUAAGAAGUUGCACACCAGGGCGGGAACGGGGAUGUGGGAGUGUCCAGAGUUGUUUCCGCUGCCGGUAAGGGGAACCCUAUCGGGCGAUGGGCAGAAACAUGUCCUGAAGGUCUCCCUCGAAAGGUAUCGCCUUGACUGUUAUGUGGUAGGAACAUACAAUCUGACAGAUCAUAGCUGGGCGCCUGACGAUCUAUCGGUCGAUAUCAGUCUAGCAGCUCUGAGAUACGAUUAUGGAGAGUUCUAUGCGUCGAAGUCAUUUUUUGACAGCAAUCACAACCGCACGUUACUCUGGGGUUGGGUUGGAGAAUUAUCGACGGAGGCCGUUAACGAAAUAAAAGGAUGGGCUUCGAUCCAGGCUCUGCCAAGAGUACUGCGCUUGGAUGAGAAUUUUAAUACUAGACUGAUUCAGAUGCCGUUGCCGGAGGUAGAGGCUCGGCGGGGAGUGAGUUACGAUUUGGUUAAUUUGACCUUGCAACCGGGUGCUUUGCUGCCAGUAGAAGGAAUAGCAGGGUCUGAGUUGGAUAUUGAGGUUGAGUUUGGGAGACCAGGUGUGAACGCGAGUUUCGGUUCUAACCUGAUGGGAAAUGUCAGUGGCAAUCCUGAACAUUGUUGCCAGGGGCGCCAGAGGGGAACAGGAACGGGCCUGUUUGGGUUGCUGGUCUUGGCAGACAGGGGCUUAUCAGAGCAGACAUCAGUCUACUUUGAGGAGUUGUCGUAUGACAAUGGGAGAAUGGGACGAAAGCAGGAAUUACCAAUAUGCCUCUGUACUGACCUUAGCAGAUCCUCGCGUUAUCUUGGGGUUCGCAAGCCUGUAUACAACACAACUGUACCUGUGUUGUCCACAGAGAACGCGCUGACCUUACGCAUAUUGGUAGACAGAUCUGUCGUUGAAGUCUUUGCUCAAGGUGGGAGGUCUGUCAUAACAUCAAGAGCGUAUCCGCAGUUGGCGGUCGGGCAGGAUGCUCGCGUGUUCCUGUUCAAUAAUGGGAGUACACCUGUUGUUGUCAACAGGUUCCAGGCAUGGCAGAUGCAAUCUGCAAAUAUUUCAUAAUGUGAAAACAAAGAUUCUACUUCUUU